GUCUCUGGCACAGUCGAUGCAACAAGUAGAAGAGGCGAUCAAGGAAGGACCUGUGGCUCUGGCUCUGUUGGUGACUUACAACGAAGAUGUGAUUGGCGAAAUUGAGAAGCCAGUGGUAACGAGGAUUGCUGAGGAGACGAGGAGAAUGUGUGAGGGCGGAGCGAUGCCAGCUCAAGAGUUAGGGGAAGUGUACGGAGUCUUGGCCAGACGGAGACGUGAAUGCCUCCGUGUAUCGGAUGAGAUGUUAGAACAAGUAGCAUCGAGAUUGACGGACCUCACGGAUGAAGGCUUGAGGGACGUCUUCGCUGCGAUGGUAUAUGCAGGGAUCCUCAGUGGCCACGCUCGGCGCUACUACAGAGACCUUUUCAUUCGAGUGGCGACUGAUAGGCUUAUUAAAAUGCCUCUGCACUGUCAAAUUCAAAUUGGAAGAAGCGCGUCGUCUCUGGUUGGUCGCAUGAAAAAGGAGCCGUCGGAGGGCAACGCUGUAUGUGCUCUCGCUGGUAGAAUUAGUGCUACCUUCUUUGAGGAGGCUGGUCAAGGGCGCCGAUUUGCUGGUCUUAGCCCGACUGAAUUGAUUCACGGGUGCUUGCUGGCCUCCUCACCAGCGGCAUCUUGUGUAACGCCGUUGACCAUCGAGACUCGGGGGAAAAUGUUCAGAAUGCUCAGACGAUGCGUGAAUAGAUCUGAGGACGUGGAAAACGAGGGUAAGUAA